CACUCACACAAUCUCCAGAGAGACAUCCUGUGGCUGCACGUGUACCUGCACAGGUGUGUGUGUUUGUGUGUUUGUGAGUCACUUUGAAUACACACCAAUCUUCCAGACGUGUUCUGUACUUUUAGACGGGUGACGAUCUCUCUAAACACACACGAAGUGAUGAAGGACAGAGCCGCCUCUAUCCCUCCUGCCGUCUCCACCGUGGCUCUGAUCGGUGAUGAUGUGAGGACGGAUGAGGACGUGUGGGACGAUGUGGAUUUAGAGGACACGGGGGUCGCAUGGGCAGAUCUGGACAGUAAGGGGAGAGCGUUGCGUGUUUUGGUCUCAGUGGUGAAGUUGGUGGUGCUCUUGGGUUUGCUAUAUAGCUUCGUCUGCUCUCUGGAUGUCCUCAGUUCUGCCUUUCAGCUUGUUGGAGGUAAGGCAGCUGGAGAUAUCUUCCAGGAGAACCAGGUGUUGUCGAAUCCUCUGGCCGGCUUGGUGAUUGGCGUCCUGGUCACUCUGCUGGUGCAGAGCUCCAGCACCUCCUCGUCUAUUGUGGUCAGCAUGGUGUCCUCUGGACUGCUUCAAGUCUCCACGGCCGUCCCCAUCAUCAUGGGCACCAACAUCGGGACGUCGGUGACGAACACGGUGGUAGCCAUGACACAGGCUGGAGACAGGAACAAGUUUCGCAGGGCGUUUGCCGGCGCCACGGUUCACGAUUUCUUUAACUGGCUGUCUGUGUUGGUGCUGCUGCCGCUGGAGGUGGUCACCAGUUACUUGUACCACCUCACCGAGCUCAUCGUCUCAUCCUUUAACAUUGAGAGUGGAGAGAAUGCCCCGGCGCUGCUCAACGUCAUCACUGACCCGCUUACACACUCCAUCAUUCAGUUGGAUGAGUCGGUCAUCAGUGGGAUUGCUGUCGGAGACCCAGAUGCCCGGAACAAGAGUCUCAUCAAGACGUGGUGUCAAACAUCUACAAACACGUCUUUACAGAACGUGUCUGUAGUGAACUGCACCGCUGAUAGCGCCCCCUGCUGGGAGUGGAGGAACAUCUCCCACACCAUCAACAUUCAGAAAUGUGGUCAUAUUUUUGUUGACACUACACUACCAGACCUGGCUGUGGGACUCAUCCUGCUUGCUGGUUCUCUCCUGGUUCUUUGUAUCUGCCUCAUCCUCAUCGUUAAGCUGCUGAACUCCAUGCUGAGGGGCCAGGUGGCCUCCAUCAUAAAGAAGAUCAUCAACACAGAUUUUCCGUUUCCAUUCAGAUGGGUGACUGGUUACCUCGCCAUCAUAGUGGGAGCAGUGAUGACCUUCAUUGUCCAGAGCAGCUCGGUCUUCACCUCCGCCAUCACACCUCUCGUAGGUCUCGGGGUGAUUAGCAUUGAGAGAGCGUACCCUCUGUCCCUGGGUUCUAACAUCGGCACCACAUCUACAGCCAUACUAGCGGCUUUAGCUAGUCCAGGAGAAACGCUGACUAACUCACUACAGAUCGCUCUGGUCCAUCUGUUCUUUAACAUCUCGGGCAUCCUGCUGUGGUACGUCCUGCCCUUCAUGCGCGUCCCCAUCAGAAUGGCAAAGUCUCUGGGUCAUGUGACCGCUCAGUAUCGCUGGUUCGCUGUGUUCUACGUGCUGCUCUGCUUCUUCUUCAUCCCUCUGCUGGUGUUCGGUCUGUCUCUGGCCGGCCUGGCCGCUCUGCUCAUCGUCCUCGUCCCUGUGGUGCUCAUCAUCGUCACCGUCAUCGCCAUCAACUUCCUGCAGUCACACUUUUCAGAGAGACUUCCUUCCUGUCUGCGCUCAUGGGACUUCCUGCCUUUGUGGGCUCGAUCUCUCGAACCUUGGGAUCGAAUGAUCAUGGCCAUGUCUGCGUGUUGCUGCUGCUGCUGUACCAAAUGCUGCCAGGUUUCUACGGGCGAUGAGGAGACGGAGUCGGGCGGGAGGAAGAAUUAUGGGAUGGAGAUUCAUGAUAACCCAGCUCUGACCAAUGAGAGUGAAGAAACUGUGAAAUCCCUGCCCACUUCAGUUAUUCUUAAUGUGACAGCGUUAUAGAAAUAGUUAUUAAUGUACUUUUACUUAAUUAUAACACUUUUAUUACUUAAUUAUUAUACUUUAAUUAUGGGAUUAUAGAAUAUUAGUGUUAUUAUAACAUAUCGAGCCUGACUGGAUCAAGCACCUACAACAAAUAUUAAAUUUAUGAGUGUUAUUUAUAUUUUAUAAGCCUUUUAUAUAGAGAGAGAUUACUAUAAAAGAUCAGUUUGGAUAUUUUUACAGUAAUAAUUACACAGAAAGGUUUGUGCUGAAAUUCAGUGUUUAAUAAUGAAUUCAGUCUUGAAUAAGUCUUUAAAUAAACUGGUGUCAUU